GGAGCCGGGGCUGACGAGCAGCACACAAGGGGGGCAGAGGGAGAGGGAUCACACAAGAGCAGGGGCCAGUGCAGUAUUUUUGUGCUCAGCGAAAGGAGGGCAAGUCAAUGGCACGUUAAUUGGAUUUCAUUCACUCGGGGAGGAGAAAGAGCCCGAGCGUUUGGACUGGGCCGGCGAUUAGACAGGUUCAUUCAGGGACUCAUUGACAAAAAAGCUGCAGGCACCCGCCUUCGGGAGUCCGAGCGCUGGUGAUAUCCGCCCCGAAAUCUAUUGCUGCCAGUGCAGGGGAGGCGACCCGAGGGCGGGGGUGAGUCGUUUUUCUGGGGUGGCGGGAGUUCAGUUUAGGGGUGCCGGGGGGGUUCAGCCUUAUGCCUCCGGGAGCGGGCAGUUUCUAAGCCACACGCCGCUCUCCCCCAGCCUUUCCUCAUGCUAGAUACGUUCAGGCCCGUGCCCUUCGUGUCGGAGAUGGCUCUCAGUAAAACGGUGGCUUGGCUGAACGAGCAGCUGGAGCUGGGCAACGGCCGGCUGCUGCUCAUGGACUGUCGCUCGCAGGAGCUCUACGAGUCGUCCCACAUCGAGUCGGCCAUCAGCGUGGCCCUGCCCGGCAUCAUGCUGAGGCGGCUGCAGAAGGGCAACCUGCCCCUGCGCGCCCUCUUCUCCACCAGCGACCAGGACCGGGAGAAGUUCGCCCGGCGCUGCGGGACCGACACCGUGGUGCUGUACGACGAGAACAGCAGCGAGUGGAACGAGAACACGGGCGGGGAGUCGGUGCUGGGCUUGCUGCUCAAGCGGCUGAAGGAUGAAGGCUGCAAAGCGUUUUAUCUGGAAGGUGGCUUCAGCAAGUUCCAGACCGAAUUCGCCCUGCACUGCGAAACUAACCUAGACAGUUCAUGUAGCAGCAGCUCUCCUUCUCUGCCAGUCCUGGGGUUAGGAGGUCUGCGAAUCAGCUCCGAUUCCUCUUCCGACAUUGAAUCUGACACGGACCGAGACCCCAAUAGUGCCACUGACUCGGAUGGCAGCCCUCUGUCCAACAACCAGCCUUCCUUCCCGGUCGAGAUUUUACCCUACCUCUACUUGGGCUGUGCUAAGGACUCCACCAAUCUGGACGUUUUAGAAGAGUUUGGUAUUAAAUACAUCUUGAAUGUGACUCCCAAUCUGCCUAAUCUCUUUGAGAACGCCGGAGAGUUUAAAUACAAGCAGAUCCCCAUCUCCGACCACUGGAGUCAAAACUUGUCUCAGUUCUUUCCCGAGGCCAUCUCUUUCAUAGAUGAAGCUCGGGGGAAGAACUGCGGAGUCCUGGUGCACUGCUUAGCAGGGAUCAGCCGCUCGGUCACUGUGACCGUUGCAUACCUCAUGCAAAAGCUCAACUUGUCCAUGAAUGACGCCUACGACAUUGUCAAGAUGAAGAAAUCCAACAUCUCGCCCAACUUCAACUUCAUGGGCCAGCUGCUGGACUUUGAGCGGACCCUGGGGCUCAGCAGCCCCUGCGACAAUCGCGUGCCCAGCCAGCAGCUGUACUUCACCACUCCCUCCAACCAGAAUGUCUUCCAAGUGGAUUCCCGGCAGUCCACGUGAGCGCUCCUCAAUGGCCUCCCCGCCAGGUCUGGAUCAUGUGAUCAUUCCUCAAUGGUUUCCCUCUGGCAGCAGGAAGGAGAUGGAGCUUUGCUCUCUCGUAGCCCCUUCCAGUGCACGCUGGGAAAGGUACAAGGGAACUUGUCGAGUCUCCCAGAAGGAACAUGUGGCACUCCCCCAAGGCAGGCAGCACACCUGCUGGCUGCACAACCACCCACCUGGCCAGGGGCUUGCAACUGAGGACUUCCAACACGUAAGGGGAGACUGGGCAUUCUGAGCACGUGUUCUCUAGCGACUCGGAAUUUCCUACUUCCUUCUUUGCUUUGGGAUCUGUAACAUAGAUUGUUGUCUUCAGUGAAGACUGGUUCUUUUUUAAUUUAGAGGAUCCAAAGAAAGAGGUUUCAGCUCAGUGUAUUUGGAGUACUUGUUUGCUGCCAGUUCUGUAGUGUGCUAUUUGAUCAGUGUAAAUAUUUAAUUGUAAAUCCAUGGGCAAUGUUUUUAUUUUUUAACUUUUGCCUAUAGAAAAGAAAUCAACCCAAAGGACUGCUACAUUUUUGUGCUCUUCAUGAAUUCUGUUUCUGUCCCCCUGACCUCUUGCAAAGAAUACAUUUGCAGAAUGCUUGAUUUUGUUGUUCAAUUGAGCUGAGGCAAACUUGAGAGACAAUGGCUAUGGUCAGAAAUUUGCUAUUCACAUUCUGGGAAUCAGUGGAGUCUCUUCCUUUUGAAUUUUUCUUUUCCUUGUAAGUUUCUCCCCCACCCCCACCCCUCUUGUGCUGCUGUUUCUCUCUCUUUUCUUUUUUAACCUUUGUAAAUAGAUCAUCUUGGAAGAGAUUUGUCUUCAGAAACAUUUCAGAUACGCUAAACAGUGCUUUAUCUCUAUACAAACUCUUCAGGGAGCUUCACCUCAAAUGCAAUAUUUUGUCUUUUUAAUUUUAUUUUUUUGGUUUAGAACUGGAAGUACAUAUGAGCAUGUGUACUUGUGCGUACGCAAGGUGAACUUGAACACGAUUGCCAAUGAGGGAGAGCCUAAUUCAUGGUGUAAAAGGUUUAAGCUGGAAUUUAUUAUA